AUGAGUAGAAGUAAAAUGGUAAGUAAAUAUAUACCAAAAAUAGUAAAAAGAAGUAUAUCCACAAAAGUAAAAGUGGAAUACAGAAGUAUCGCAGAGUCAGUAAACGAAGAAGUAAACAAAAUAGUGUCACUUUGGGGAAUGAGAAACAUAAAGAUAAAGUCGUCGAAAUACAUAAAAGAUGAUUUGAUGCUUAAGUUAGCCUCAAAGCAACUAGGUCAACCGGAGGUGGACCACCUGCUGAGUUUAAGCCCAGAAAACAAAAACGGAAAGUGGCCUAACCCAAUGACUUCUACAAAAAUAAUAUACGAAGAGAGCAUAAACAAAGAUAUAAACUACACAGAUAACGACAUAUGGCUAGGAUAUAGCAAAUAUAUAUCGUACUUUAACAUAGCACUAGGAUACAAAAGCAGAAACGUGGAGAAUUUGAUAAAAGAAUACGAAGAAGGGGGAUGUAAAUUAAUUAGAAAGGUAAAUGGAGCUGAAUCGCAAGAAAUAGGAGAAAACGGAAUUAAUUUGGAGAAGCUGAGAGAAGAGGUGCUGAGGAACGAAAAAACGGACAAUUACACAAUAUUCGUGUUCCCGUACCGAAGAAAAACCUCGAAAGCAAUAGUGGAGACUUUGAGUAAGAGGAAGGAGCUGCUGAGCGGAAGAGAUUUCAAAAGUUUGGUCUACACCUCAGGCUCAACAGGAAGCAGCAGGAUGCUGAGGUUCAUGAGCACGCUGAUGAACGAAGCAAUAAGAAGCGGGGAGCCGGAAACGCCAAUACACAGCGUCGAGUCGUACGCGUGGCCGUGGAUGAACAAAAGCGAUAAAGAGAAAGAGUUGAACCACAGCCUACCGCUGCUGCUGGACGCACUGAGCUCGAGCACAGUGAUCAAGUACACGGUGGACAACGAGUCGAAAAUAUACGACUACAUAAUGAGUGGGUUGAAGGCGCUGGACGCGAAGAUACAGGAGGCGACAACGACGAGCAUUGAGGAUGGAGGCGCUGUCGGCAGUACGAGCAGUAGCGAUAGCACAAUCAGAACCAAUGCUAGCACGGCUACGGAGGAACUGGCCAACUACGAUAACGUGGUCUUGGAGAAGGUGCUCUCACUGCUAAUAAUCAAGAGGAACCUGGACCAGCUGAGAAACGACCAGAUAAGGACAUUCUCAGACUUCGUGUGCGAUAGAAUGCACAGAAUAAAGCCAAAAAUCCUGGCAAAUCUAGCAUACUCGUUGGGGCAUUCGAAGAACCUGGACGAGUUCUGGAUGUUCAUGAUAUCGAAGCAAAUACAGCUCUUGAUAAACACGAACACAAGUGUUAGUGAAAAUGAUAUGGAAAGUGGUGAAGAGGACUGGAGUUUCGAUGUGGACGACGUGGCAGCGAUACUGGACGCGUACUCGACGUCAGGACUGGAGGACUACAACUUCUACACCUCAGUGUGCACUUACAUCAAGGACAAGUUUCACAGCUAUCCACUACACCAUAAAAGCAUAAUAAUAAGGUCACUGGCAGCAGUGAGGCACAGAGACGUGGAUUUGAUAAGAGAUUUCAUAGAGUCGCUGAAGGAAUACACGAAGGAGCUGAUAAGUAAAAUAACGUCAAGUGGCAGUUACGGUAAUAGCAGUAACAAUGGAAGUCAUAAUACUACUAGUAGCAGUAACAAUGGAAGUCGCAGCGGAAAAAACAUUAGUAUUAGUAGCAGAAAUAACAAAGUGAAGACGCACCUAAUAAAGCCAAUAGAUAGUUACAUGGUGGCAACAGGAAUAGUGAGUGUGUGCGACCUGGACUACAGAGUCGACGAAAUAGAUUCGCUCUGGAAGGUGCUCACGUACAAAGUGAAGGAUUCCUCGUUUGACAUAUGCGCAAUCAGUUGGCUCCCAAUCGCAACAAUAAUAUACCCAAGUCUGGUUUCAUUAACGGAGUUCCUCCCAGUAUGGGCGAAACACGUGAACUACACAAUCAAUAAGUUGAGAUCAAGAGCAUUUAUGAUGACAAUACAGAGGAGGCAGUUGCUGUUGAGACACGCAUUCAAUUUGGGGAUUCUGCCAAACGAAUACAUGAGCACAAAGUGUAAAAAGUACAUAGAUGAAAUAUGCGAUAAAAAUUACAUUAAAUGUAAAGAGGAUUAUAUGCCGGAAAGCUCUACCUUCCACCUGGAAGUAUGCGCGUGCCUGAGAGCACUGGGAGUUACACAUCAAAGAGAAAUAAACAUACUGCCCUUCGUAAUGGAUAUAGUCAUCUCAGCAGAGAAGGUAGCGGGAAUCAAGUCGAAAAACGCAAGCGAAGCGGAGCGUGAAACAGAUAGUGCCCGUUGCGGAAACAUACCAGUGGAAGGCGACAAAGAGACCUUUCCACUGAGGUAUAACAGAAACUCGCCGAACCACAGAAAACAUAAAGAGGAAGUGUAUACACUGGUGCCAGAAGAAAGGAGCCAGUAG